AUGGCAGCGACCGAGAUCAACGUAUAUGUCCCUGGUGGCAAGCAGCAGGUUGCAGAGGAUGCGCCAAAAGUCCUCAAAGAGUUGCAGUUCGGUGUCUUUUCUGAUCAGGACAUCGUCAACCAGUCGUACGUCGAACUCGCCGAUCGCAGAAUCUUUGAUCUCGACAAAGGUCGAGCCUACGCCGAAUAUGGACCUCUUGACAUGCGCAUGGGUGUGUCGGGAAAGCGUGACGAGUGCAGAACGUGUGGGCUGAAGUUGCAACACUGUAAUGGUCACUUCGGCAAUAUCAAGCUGGUGUUACCAGUCUUCCACGUGGGAUACUUCAAGAAAGACUGCUCAUGCAUUCUCCUAUCCGAAACCGACCGCAGAAGAUUUCUGGGCAGCAUUCGUCGAGCGCAGGGCGACGAUCUCAAGAUCAGUAACAUUGUUCGCCGAAUCGCUGACCAGUGCAAGAAGGCCAAAAUUUGUUUCGAGUGCGGAGCUAUCAACGGCUUAGUCCGCAAAGCAGGCUCUGCCUCGCUGAAGAUUACCCAUGACAAGUUCAAGACCUUCAAUUCCUCGACAAGAAAGGACAAAUUGCUGAACAUUCCACCCGAGAAGCAGGCCUAUGAUGCCUCAUUCGACUUCGCCAAGCAAUCGAAUGGUGAUCUGGACAAGCACUUUAAGAAGGCAAUGGACGAUCUGAAUGCCCUAAGGACCGUCAAGCUAUUCCGUCGUAUCUCACAAGCAGAUUGCGAACUCUUAGGUCUGAGAAAAACAAGACCCGAAUCCUUCUUGUGGCUGCAAGUACCGGCACCUCCAGUCGCCAUUCGCCCCUCGGUCGGCCAAGAAGGCGCAAGCACAGAAGACGACCUAACAGCUAAGUUGGGUGAUAUCAUUGCUGCUAACAAUGCGCUUCGCGAUGCUUUGAAGAAGGGUGCACCCGUUCAAUCGCUCAUGGAGCACUGGGACUACCUCGGCUUGCAGUUAGCCAUGUACAUCAACAGCGACGUGCCCGGGCUUGCGAAGGCAGAGUUCGCUAAGCAGAUUAGAGGUCUUGUCCAGCGACUUAAGGGAAAACAGGGUCGAUUCCGUGGCAACCUAUCAGGAAAGCGUGUUGACUUCUCAGGCCGUACUGUCAUCUCUCCAGAUCCCAACCUCAAUAUAGACGAGGUCGCGGUGCCCGUGCUUGUGGCAAAAAACAUGACCUACCCGGAAGUCGUUAAUCGCUACAACAUCAAGAAGCUUCGUCAACGCGUGAGGAACGGAGCGAAGACAUGGCCAGGUGCCAAUUACAUCUUCAAAAAGUCCACAGGUAUCAAGCACAAUUUGCGAUUCGGCAACCGGGAACAGAUGGCAACUGGUCUGCAAGACGGCGACACCGUUGAACGGCAUCUGGAGGACGGAGAUGUCGUGCUUUUCAAUCGACAGCCCUCUUUGCACAAGCUGAGUAUUCUCAGUCACUUUGUCCGAGUGAGACCUCAUCGCACCUUCCGGCUCAAUGAGUGCGUGUGCAAUCCCUAUAACGCCGACUUUGAUGGAGAUGAAAUGAACCUCCACGUGCCACAGACAGAAGAAGCGCGCACAGAAGCUGUUCAGUUGAUGGGUGUCAAGCACAACAUUGUAACACCAAAGAACGGCGAGCCAAUCAUCUCCGCGAUUCAGGACUUCAUAACGGCGUCCUAUCUGUUGAGUAGCCUCGAUACAUUCUACGACCGCAAGACCUUUGUCACUAUCGUUUGCGGCAUGCUAGAACCGGACACGCCUUUCGACCUCCCACUCCCCGCGAUCAUGAAGCCAGAAGCUUUGUGGACUGGUAAACAGGUCUUCAGUGUGCUCAUCAAGCCCAACAAGAAAUCCCACAUUGCUGUCAACCUUGAUGCUUCGUGCCGAGAUCACAAGGCCUAUCAUGAAGGUCUGCAUCGCGAUCUACAAGAUGAUAGCUAUCUGUGCAUCAGAAAUUCUGAAGUUAUGUGCGGUCGAAUGGACAAAGCUACAGUGGGAUCGGGCAAGAAAAACUCACUGUUCUACAUUCUUUAUCGCGACUUCGGCCCUGACGCUGCUGCGAAAUGCAUGACCAGACUGUCGAAGCUGUGCGCUCGAUGGCUUGGAAACCAGGGGUUUUCCGUUGGUAUCAGCGAUGUGACGCCUCCAAAAAUGCUCGCUAAAAUGAAGGAUGACAAGAUCGAUGCCAUUUUCAAGCAGUGCACGCAGUUUGUCAUUGACUCCAAGGCGGGCAAGUUGAAGCGCAGAGCGGGAAUGGACGAUGCUGCCACCCUCGAAGCGGAGCAAAUCCGAGUUCUAUCCACGGUCAGAACAGAUGUGGCAGGAGUUCUGACUUCUCAACUCAGCAAGCACAACUCACCAAUGGUCAUGGCACUGUCGGGUUCAAAGGGCUCAAACGUCAACGUGGCUCAGAUGGCCGCGCUGCUCGGUCAGCAAGAUAUCGAAGGCAAGCGUGUUCAAGAUGGCUUUCAGGAUCGUACCCUCCCUCACUUCGUCAAGCAUGAGCGCUCGCCACCAUCGAAAGGCUUCGUCAGCAACAGCUUCUUCUCUGGGCUACUACCGUACGAAUUUCUUUUUCACGCUGUCGGUGGCAGAGUUGGUCUUGUUGAUACUGCAGUCAAGACUGCCGAAACUGGAUACAUGUCCAGACGGCUCAUGAAGUCCUUGGAAGAUUUGUCGACACAGUACGAUCGAACGGUCCGAAGCUCGACAUCAGAUGUGGUACAAUUCCGCUUUGGUGACGAUGAGUUGGACCCGGUCGACAUGGAAGCCAGUGCGAAGCCUGUCGACUUUGACCGCACCUAUACCCAUAUCGAAGCAACGACUUUUGAUGCCCAAGACUCUGGCCUAGACAGCGAGAAGAUCAUGAAAAUCAUGGAAGAUAUCCUCAAGCCAAGACGCGCUGCCUUGCAACGAGUCAAUUACGAUGGCAGUAUCCUGCCGUAUGAUACGCCGAACGACACACUGACUGAUCAGUAUGAAUCGCCCCGGGCGUUUCUGCAGACCAUUCAUGACUUUGUACUUGCAAAAUGCAGGGCUUUCGACGCUGCCCGCGUGGAGAAGGGUCAUCUGUCACUACCGUCGACAUCAUCUAACAGUGCAUCCAAGCGAAAGCGAGAGGCUGCACAAGACGAUGCUCCAGAAACCUCACCUGCUCAGUCGUCCCGGCGCGGAGGCCGUAGAGCUGCCGCCAGGACCUUGUCAAGCCCAAAGGCUACAAACAAGAAGCAGAAGAUCGCUUCAUCGGCCGCGUCCGAGGCUGUGCGCAUGCUAGCCUCCGUACCAGCAGUCCGUGACCGUUUUGAACUUACAGCGAAGAUGUCACAGCGCACCCUCGAAUCAUUCGUUAACGCCUGCCUCGAGAAAUACGAGAGGGCGAGGGUUGAGCCGGGGCACGCCGUUGGCGCUGUGGGAGCUCAAUCCAUUGGAGAACCCGGUACUCAGAUGACCUUGAAGACUUUUCAUUUCGCUGGUGUUGCUGGUAUGUCUCUGACAGCCGGUGUUCCACGUAUCAAAGAAAUCAUCAACGCCUCCAAGGUCAUCUCCACGCCCGUCAUCACAUGUCGUCUGGAGCGACGCAAAGACCUGUCAAUUCCCGAAGGACUUGCCCGUAUUGUCAAAGGUCGAAUCGAGGCACUCUACCUCGAGGACAUAAUGUCAUGGAUCCAGCUAUCCCACUCCCUUGGUCGAGAUUCAUGUCUGUACCUCAAGAUCAGUCUUGAUACGAUUUCUGAGCUAGGCCUUGAGCUCACGAUCUCAGACGUGUGCAAAGCGAUUAUGGACCAUAAGCGCUUCAAAGGCGGCAAGGUCAGGGUGCUCACACGAGGCAGCGACGAGAUCAAAAUCGAGCUCCAUGGCACCAUCAAGUCUGGCAAGAGAGGUCAGGCCGCGAAGAUCGAAGAAAUGGCGCAGUCAGAGAAUCUGCUGCAGCUGCAGAUGCUCCGGCGGUUCCUGCCUACCAUUCGGAUUGCAGGCCAUGAAACGGCUACUAGGGCAGUGGUUAUGUCCGAGGACGACCCCAUGUCGGAUCAAAUCAAAGCCAAGCGCGCCGAGCAAGCAGCUGUCCUUGAAGCUAGAGCAGCCCAAAAAGCUGCUGCUGCCGCCGAAGAAGCCAAAAUAAAGGUCGAGCCCCCUUCGUCUCCCGAGCUCGGUAAGAAGACGGGUCGAGGCCGGGGUAAAAAGACGGCGGCGGCCUCUAUUGAUAACGAGACCAGCAGCGAGCCUACGAUCAAAGUCGAGGACGAUGCACCUGCCAUUACCGCGCCCGCCCCAACCGUGGCACCACCAGCCGAUGGAGGACGAGCGAUUCAGAUGCACAAAGUCAUGGUCUCGGGCUACGGCCUGUCGCACUGCCUCUCAACACCGGGUGUAGAUCCUUACCACACGUCGACAAACUCGGUCAUGGAAACGAUGCAAGUCCUCGGCAUCGAAGCGGCGCGCACCAAGAUCAUCCUGGAAAUCCAGGAGGUCACCAAGUCGCUGAGCAUCGAUCCCCGGCACAUGUACCUCCUGGCGGACGUCAUGACCUACAAGGGCGAGGUGCUCGGCAUCACGCGGUUCGGCCUGGCCAAGAUGAGCAGUUCGGUGCUGCAGCUGGCCAGCUUUGAGAAGACGGCGGACCACGUCUUCGAGGCGGGUAUUGGCGGCAAGGUGGACCGCGUGAGGGGCGUGAGUGAGAGCGUCAUUGUGGGCAAGACUAUGGGGGUGGGCACGGGAGGUGUGUCGGUCGUGCGCGGGGUGAGGCUGUUGGAGGGCGAGAUUGGUGCGAAGAAGUGUGCGUUCGAAGAUGCUUGGAGAGAGGGCGUCUAG